CGGAAGCACAAACCGCACAGAGAAAAAAAGGGUGAGGAAGUCAGGAAGCAGCCCGCCUGUGAGGUGACAGCCGCGUCGAAGAAAAGCGCUGUAAAGCAAAAAAAGCAAAAAGGCCGGACUCGAGCUUCAACUCUGGUCCCUUUCGGUUAAGUAUAAAACGCCCAAACCGCCGCCGACAUGUCGAAGAGCACCAUGUCCGCCCGCUUCAGGCGAGUGGACGUGGACGAGUACGACGAGAACAAAUUCGUGGACGAGGAGGACGGAGGAGAAAACCAGCUGGGUCCCGACGAGGCAGAGGUGGACUCCCUCAUCAGGCAAGGAAAUCUGAUGGAGGCUCUACACGCAGUUCUGAAGAACCCACCAAUCAACACAAAGAACCAGAACGUCAAGGAUCGUGCAGAGGGUUUGGUGCUGAAGGUGCUCAGCGCCUUUAAGAGCAGCGACAUUGAGAAAGGGGUUCAGUCCCUCGAUAAGAACGGCGUGGACCUGCUGAUGAAAUACAUCUACAAAGGCUUCGAGAAGCCGUCGGAAAACAGCAGCGCAGUCCUGCUGCAGUGGCAUGAAAAGGCUCUGGCAGCUGGAGGAGUGGGCAGCAUCGUCAGGGUGCUUACAGCGAGAAAGACUGUCUAAAAGAGGAAGCAGAGGAUCAGUCCACUCCACAUCACCAACAGAUACAGGAGGACUGCCUCAGUACUGUACUGUUCAUGUAACCUAACAGAUAGCAUAGUGACUAAAGAACGACUCAUUUUUAACCUGGUGUUGGGUCCUGCUGUAUAGGCCAGACUGGAGAAAAGUAAAUCAAAUGUGGGUCACAUCAGGUUAAAAAAAGGGUUUUCUUCUUUCUCUCUAUGCACGAUCACAGCCUACUAAAUUGUAUUCCUCACAGGGUGCUACAGAUGACUUCACAUGUCCGUGCUGCGUCCCUGAUCUAUUAACAGAACGCCCCACAUCUCUUCACGUCACUCCUGUACAGUCUGCUCUCACGCUGUACACCAGUGGUUCCCAAAGGACCUCUCCAUGCCUCAGAAAAUCAUAGGACAUGUGAUGAGAAGUCCAAAAAGGUUUGGGAACCACUGCUAUACACAGUACGUACACACACAUAGACAAACACAACAGACUCCAUUUCUCGCUGCGUAUCCUCCGCUGACUUCCACGCAGACGGUUUCAGCUUUGCUUCUCUCAGGAAAACUCUGUGUUUGUUUUAUCCGUCGUUCUCUCGUGUUCUCUCAGCAGCAGAGACUUCCUGGUGGAAUGAAAGCCUGACUCUCUGUCAGUAAAUCCCCUCAUUGCCUCUCGAUAUUACACUUUAGCUGCGGGAGGCUCCUGAAAAGCACAGUCACAGAUGGAGGGUGGUGGAUUUGCUCCCGGGGGUCGCCACGCUUCCUGAGGAGUGGGGGUGGGGGCGGUGUCAUCCAUCCAUCCUCUCAGCACUGCCUGCUGCCCCAGUUAAGGAUUAUUACCCACGAUGCAUCUCCACCACUGCUCUAUUAAUCCCGUUGUACUGUUCCUCAUAUUGUUUCUCCCUGCUACUGUACUGGUUCUGUUCCUAGGCGCUGCUCUCAGAAAAAUGAGGCUCCUUUCUCCAGUUGCUUUUUUAUUUUGGUGUUCCACAGAAAAUUAAUCUCGGAUUAAAUGUCCUCCAAUCCCUACUUAAUGAAAAUUAAAACCACUGCUUAAAAGGUUUGACAAUACUGGGAGAGACUAAAAGAAGAUGAUGAAUAUUUGUGUGUCUGCAAAUGGAGAGUGAAUUUAAUGUGAUUUAACAAAAAAAUAUAUUGUUUGCAUGAUCCCACUUUUGAGAGUUUUCGCAAACAUUUCAUACCAGUCUUCAGUACAUGUUAAUGGUUAAUGUCUCCUCUGGAAAAAACAUUUUUUCAUUUUUGCAUUUAUUUUUUAUUGAACCCAAGUUUAAAUUGACACUUGAUCAUUAAAACAAAUCUCCACACAUCCUGAUCUGUCUGGCAGUAUGAAGCUAUUCUAGAUCGAGAAGGAAAACUGGAAGGGUCAGAAAGUUUUAUCUGCCUCAUCAGGUAGAUUACAUCUAUUGCCAAAUGAUUUAUCUUUCUUUUACUGGAAAUGAUGUAGCUUAUGUUGAUGAUUUAGUUGCCAUUGUGUGUUCUAACAACAAAGUGGUGGAGUUAUGACUUUAAACAGUUUAAAUGAAACAAAAAACAAAAUAAAAUGUGUUGCGGUUCAAAACGUCGCUCUUAAAAAUCGAGCAACCUUUCUCCUCAGACUUAGUGACGUAUGCGUAGUGAUGAAGAGGAAUUCAGUUCUAGCUUCACGUUAUGUUCCUCAUCUACGAUCGAACGCUUUCAAUGAAUUUCUCUAUCGAUGUUGCUUUUUUUUUUUUUUUCUAAAACACAGUGGUCACCACAGUUGUGUUUUACUCAUCAGUUGAUAUUUAGGCAUGACUGUUUCAUGUCUGAAUACUGUCAUCAGUGAUGAUGCAUCCAGACAUUAGACUCCUUUUUCUAAUGCAGUAUCGUCUAGUUUUACAUGAAAACAAGAAGACCAGUCUGGUUUCUUCCUCUGCUUCAUGUGUUCCUGGUCAGAGGCUCUCUUCUCAGCGAGGGCGAGAAGACGAGGGAGCAUACCAAACUGAUGUACAAACUGCCUUACUCAAUAUUCCUUUUUUAUGUUUGUUCUUUUUUUGAAAAAAAUAAAAGGUAUGAAUGCUGAUCAUUA